UUGUGCGCACAGUAUGCGGAUGGCGACCUAACGGACGGACAAAGGAUAGCGACCACUCAGCCCUCACGGAGGAGGAUCCGGCUUUGGUGCAAACAAUCGCUAAUGCAGGUGCAUUUGCACUGGCUGUCACUAUAAAUCCCGAGCCACGGAAAACUUGCUGUAUACGACCUGGAGACCUGUCGCGCCUCAGAAAUCAGGUCGGUCGUGCUGAGUGAGGGGCCGUGUAAAAGAGGAUUGUAAAGCCAGCCCACCGUGGUCGGUGUGGGCAGCCAUGGGUCUGCUGGCCUAUCUGAAGAGCCAGUUUGUGCUGCAGCUGCUCAUUGGCUUUGUGUUCGUGGUCAGCGGACUCAUCAUCAACUUCAUCCAGCUCUGCACCUGUGUACUCUGGCCCAUCAACAAGCAGCUCUACCGAAGGAUCAACUGCAGGCUCGCCUACUCGCUAUGGAGCCAGCUGGUGAUGCUGCUGGAAUGGUGGUCCGGUACCGAGUGCAUGCUCUACACCGACCAGGCCACUGUGGACAUGUUUGGCAAAGAACACGUCAUCAUCAUCCUCAAUCACAAUUUUGAGAUCGACUUCCUCUGUGGCUGGACCAUGUGUGAACGCUACGGCGUGCUGGGGAGCUCCAAGGUGCUGGCCAAACACGAGCUGCUGAAGGUUCCUUUAAUUGGGUGGACCUGGUACUUCCUGGAGAUAGUCUUCUGUAAGAGGAAGUGGGAGGAGGAUCGCGACAAAGUCUUUAAAGGCCUGGACAGCCUCAAGGAUUACCCAGAAUUCAUGUGGUUCCUCCUGUACUGUGAAGGAACACGUUUCACUGAGAAAAAGCACCAGAUCAGCAUGCAGGUGGCCGAGAGCAAAGGCCUCCCCAAACUCAAGUACCACCUACUGCCCCGCACCAAGGGAUUCACCACCACACUGCAGUGUUUGAAGGGGACAGUGUCAGCCGUGUAUGACGUGACACUGAACUUCAAAGACAAGAAGGUCCCCACUCUACUGGGCAUCAUCAACGGCACCAAAUACAUGGCAGACAUGAGUAUCAGGCGGUAUCCAGUAGAUGAAAUUCCUGAUGAUGAGAAGGAGUGUGCCAACUGGCUGCAUAAGCUCUACCAGGAAAAGGAUGCAUUGCAGGAGCACUACGCAAAGGAAGGCUCGUUUCCGGGUCCCACCAUCCGGCCGCCUCGCCGCCUCUGGUCGCUGCUCAACUUCCUGUUCUGGGCGUGUGUGCUGCUGUCACCGCUCAUCCACCUGGCCUGGGGCGUCUUCAUCAGCGGCUCUCCCCUCCACAUCCUCGGGUUCAUGCUCUUCCUCAUCAUCGCCUCUGUCGCAGUGCGGCGGCUUAUUGGGGUGACGGAGGUGAAGAAAACGGGCUCCAGCUAUGGCGAUCAGGAGGCCAAGAAGCAGAAUUAAACUUUUUCCUUCUCUCUCUCUCUCUCUCUUCCUCUCUGUCUCUCGCUCUCUCUCCUCUCCCUGAGUGCAGUGCAGCUUGUGUGCUCUUGUGCUCAGAGCUUAUUUUCUACCACAACUCCACAAACAAACAAACAAACAAACAAACCAACUGGGAAUAUUGUAGUUUCAGAGGUUGAGAUUCAUCUUGUUAAACACUAAGAGCAGGUGAUGGAAACCCGGCUGAGAUGAGAUGCAUAAACAACUCACUGAGAGGACUGUAUGGACACACACUCUCACACACACACACACACACACUCAUACUCAUACUCACACUCACACUCACACUCAGACACACAAUUGUCACCUGUGUGCUAAUACACAUGCACACACCCCACCCC